AUGUUCUCUCGAUCCCGGAAAGAGAAGAGCGAGUCCCCGCUGAUCGCCUCGAUCCGAGAGAGCACCAUCGGCCACCGCACCCGCAUCGACGGGACGCACUACCAGGUGCCUCUGCUUCACGCCGACUCAACGGCGUCUGGCACGACCCUGCUCGGUCUCGAGGAGAUGCUCGUGCUGGGCGUCAUGCCGACGUACGCGAACACGCACUCGGAGGCGUCGUGGACGGCGCAGCAGACGACGCGCUUCCGCGAAGAUGCCCGUGCGUGGAUCAAACAGUCCGUCGGUGCCGGAGAGGGCACGUCCCUCAUCUUCUGCGGGUCCGGAACGACCGCUGCCGUCGACAAGCUGAUCGGCAUGAUCGGGCUCCGCAUUCCCGCCCAACUCGACACUCGUUAUGGCUUCGACAGCCAGAUCCCCCCUCACCACCGCCCCGUAGUCUUCGUCGGUCCGUACGAGCACCACUCCAACGACCUUCCCUGGCGCGCGACCAUUGCCGACGUUGUCCUCAUCCCCGAAGACGCGAGGGGCAACAUUGACGCGGCCGAGCUCGAGCGCCAGCUGGUUCUUUAUGCCGACCGGCCGCUCAAGAUUGGUUCCUUUUCCGCCGCCUCCAACGUGACGGGCAUCAUCAGCGACAUGCCCGCGCUCACGGCGCUGCUGAAGGCGCACGGCGCCUACUCGUGCUGGGACUGUGCAGCCGCAGCCCCACACCUCCCCGUCACGCUUGGUGACGCCGACGCUCUUUUCAUUUCCCCGCACAAGCUCCCGGGCGGCGCAGGCACGCCGGGCGUGUUGAUUGUUCGCGAUGCGUUUGUGCGCCGCGCGGACCUCGCGGGCGUGCGCCCCGCAGUCCCUGGCGGUGGGACUGUGGACUUUGUUGGCCCCGACGUCGUCGACUACACCGGCUCCCUCGAGCACAGGGAGGAGGGCGGCACGCCAGCCAUUAUCGAGAGUAUCCGAGCAGGACUCGCUUUCCGGCUCCGCGACGCUGUAGGUGCGGCGACGAUCCAGAGGCGCGAAUGGAACUUCGUCCAGCGCGCUCUCGCUGCCUGGCGUCAGGUACCUCAGAUCCAGAUUUUGGGCGACACAGGCGCGGAGCGCGUCAGUACGGUCUCCUUCACGCUCGCAUACACCCGCGGCCAGCUCGUGCACCACAACUUUGUCGUCGCGCUUCUCAACGACCUAUUCGGUAUUCAGGCCCGAUCGGGGUGCUCCUGCACCGGGCCUUAUGGGCACCUCUUGUUCUCGUACACCAAGGCGCAGAGUGAGGCGAUCCGUCACCCCAUCCUCCAAGGUUACGAGGGUAUCAAGCCGGGACUACCGCUUCAACCCCGAGGCGGGGUCGUGGGUCUGUGCGGCAGCUCCGCGCCGCCCGCUUGGCCUCGAGGACGUCUGGCUGCGGUUCGGCGGGCAGACACGGCUGCAGACCGGCGCCAAGCUGAAGGCCAAGCUGGCUUAGAGCUACAUGAAGCGCCCGCUGCAGAGCUACCUCGACAAGGCGGAGCGAGUGAUGCAGCGCGCCGCCGAGCGACGGGACAAGCCCUUCUAUCCCCAAGGCAAGGUGCCGAAUGUGACGGACGAGUUCAACGAGCAGCGCUGGUUCCCCCUCCCUGUGCGAUCGAUGGACACGACGCCCGCCGCCGUCGCCAAGGCGAGCGCAUCGGCGAAGCGCAAGUCGCUCAUCAAGCUCCCCACCCCGCCGGUCUCGAGGGAGGAGAAGCAGAGACAGCUUCAGGCCCUCCAGAACCUCCAGGGAGUGCAGAGCCUGAAGCAGAAGCAGAGCACGCUCAGCCUCAAGACGCAGCGCACGCCCGCCAUCCAGAGCAGCCACCAGAGCCACCAGGCCCUGUCGCACAGCCUGUCCAUGUCCUCUCUGGCGCUGACGGACACGCCGGACCUCGCGGGCAUGUCGGCGGUCACGCUCUCGCCACCCGAGCCGACGACGCCGGCCCUGAGUCCCACGAUCGAGCCGGACGAGGACGACCUGAUCCUCGUCACGCCGCAGGACGAGCGCCCUCCCUUUGUCCCGUUGGUUGUCAACGCGCCGAUCGAGUACAGCAAGCCCAAGCCAAAGGAGCCAGAACGUGCGCCGCUGCGCUUCGUGCCGCUCGUCGUCAACACGCCCAUCGUUUACUCGUAGUUAGCUCUGUUGGUAUGAUGCAAAGCGGUAUGCUUACUGAUCGAAACCUUGCGGCCCUUGCUACCUUGGGUCAGCUCGGGUCAGCAGGCACACAUACUCCAGAACCCGCCCGAACCCGAACACAGCUCACGGGUAGAGGUCUGGUUUAG